AUGAACGCGUCCGGGCGGCUGCCGGCGGGGGGCGAGGAGGAGCCCCCCGGCGCCGCGCUGCUGCCGCUGGGCGGGAACGGCAGCGCCGCCGGGGGGCUGCGGGAGGGCACCCACACGGCCACCCUGGCGGCCUGCGCCUCGCUGCUGGCCCUCGUAUUCUGCCUGGGCUCCUACGGCAACCUCAUCGUCUUCUUGUCCUUCUUCGACCCGGCUCUCAGGAAAUUCAGGACCAACUUCGACUUCAUGAUCCUCAACCUCUCCUUCUGCGACCUCUUCAUCUGCGGGGUGGCUGCCCCCAUGUUUGCCUUUGUCCUCUUCUUUGACUCGGCCCGAGGCGCCCCAGGUACCUUCUGCUUCGCCUUCCACCUCACCAGCUCUGGCUUCAUCAUCAUGUCGCUCAAGACAGUGGCAGUCAUUGCCCUGCACCGGCUGCGCAUGGUGCUGGGGAAGCAGCCGCACCGCGCCACCUCCUUUCCCUGCACCCUGCUCCUCACCCUGCUCCUGUGGGCCACCAGCUUCACCCUGGCCACCCUGGCCACCUUGAAAACCCAUGGCUCCCGCCUCUGCCUGCCCAUGUCCAGCUUUGCCAGCGGGGAGGGGAAGAUCAUCCUCUACCUCUAUGUCACUGACUUCAUCUGCUGCGUGGCCGUGGUGUCCGUCUCCUACGUCAUGAUCGCCCAGGCCCUGCGGAGGAAUGCCCAGGUGAGGAAGUGCCCGCCCGUGGUGGCCAUGGACACCUCCAGACCCCAGCCCUUCGUGGGGCCCCCUUCCGCCGGGGCUGAGGAGGGCAUGCAGAGCGCCUUGCCUGCCUUGUACAGGAACCAGAGCUCCAGCAAGCCACAACACAUCCAGACGCACGGCUACACCAAGCACCUCAGCCUGCCGCCAGCCCCUGCCACCAGCCGACUCCAGCUCGUGUCAGCGGUCAACCUGUCUGCAGCCAAAGACUCUAGGGCUGUGGUGACGUGCGUCGUAAUUGUGCUUUCUGUCUUGGUGUGCUGCCUGCCCCUGGGCAUCUCUUUGGUGCAGGACAUGCUGUCCAGCAGCGGUGGCUUUGUGCUUUACCAGUUUGAGCUCUGUGGAUUUACCCUCAUUUUUUUCAAAUCUGGAUUAAAUCCUUUUAUAUAUUCCCGCAACAGCGCUGGACUUCGGAGACGAGUCCUCUGGUGCCUGCAGUACCUAGCCCUUGUCUUUUUCUGCUGCAAGCAGAAGACAAGGCUUCAAGCCAUGGGCAAAGGCAGCCUGGAAGUCAAUAGGAAUAAGUCAUCCCACCAUGAGACCAAUUCAGCAUACAUGUUGUCUCCAAAACCUCAGAAAAAGCUUGUGGAUCAAGCCUGUGGUCCUAGUCAUUCCAAGGAAAGCGUGCUGAGUCCCAAGGCAUCUUUUGGGCAUCAGCACUAUGCACAGAGCAGCUCAACCCCCAUGAACACCCGAAUUGAGCCCUAUUACAGUAUCUAUAACAGCAGCCCUUCCCAGGAAGUGAGCACCCCAAAUAGCUUACAGCCAGUGAACUCAACUUUUGGAUUUACCAAAUCCUACGUUGCCAUGCAUUAUCACACCACCAAUGAUUUGGUGCGAGACUAUGACAGUGCUUCAACCAAGCAGAUACCGAUACCCUCAGUGUAACCUUGAGAAAGCAGUUCUGAUUCUGAUCUAGCUGGUUUAGUGGGUCCUCAUCUUUGCUUUUCUUAAUGAUUAUUCUUAACACAGUUAUACUGUGUUGCUCUACUGCUGCUAAUUAAAAAAAAAAAAAGGCAACAACAACACUAGUGUUAAUAUCUAGCUAUUUGCAUUCAAAGUGAAUGCUAGGGUAUUACUUCUGUGUUGUUUUCUUGAAUUUCUGUGGCAAGUCAGAGAGGGCAGUAUUUUAGACUUGUAUUUGGAAUCAUUACAUGAGGAUGUUUUUGUUACAAAAUUUUACCAAUGGAUGCAUUAAAAAGAUGUUAAUGCUGUAACUACGUGAUUUGCUACAUUAUGAGACAAAAUAUCUCAGCGUACAAUCUGAGGCUGUGCCAGAAGUAUUAUCUGUUAAAUUGCAUACUUGCCAUAUUUUAAAACAGGAAGAAUUGGGAGGAUGCUUGGUGUUUUAGUACUUAGGUUUAAACUUGCAUUUGCAGAAGGUUGGAGGAAUUGGUGGUAUUUAGUUGUAGCAAGUGUCAGUAAUAAUGAAAUUUCCAUGAAUUUCAGCUGAAGUUUAGGAUUUCAGCCUUUCAGCUUUCCAGAGCAGGAUGAGGCAUUUUACAAACAGCAGUAUGCUGCCACUGGGGAGGGAAUUUUGAGAAGUGUCGUGGUACCAUAAUGAACCUUUGAAGUGUGUGUAUAUAUAUGUUAAUUUCUGCUGUACAUUUAUUUUAAGGAUUGGUGCCAUUAUAUAUCCCAAAAUAAUAUAUUUGGAGAAGUAUUUUUCACUUUCUAGAAAUAACCGUCCGAUACCAAUUACAUGCUUCAUUGAGGAUAAAUACAAGCAUUGCAAUAUUAUAAUACUGACACCUAUUAAUAAUACACUUACCUUUGGAGUAUUCUAAUUCGUAAACUUACAUGAAGAGUAGUGUUGCUGGUUGUGUUUUCGUCUGACUACUUAAAAGCAGGAAAUGGAGAGAUGCAGCCGUGAUACUCAUGACAGGUAAAACUGACAGCUGUUAACAACACUUUUUGAAACAUUAUGACCGAGUAACAAGACGACUACAAGUUUUUGAGAUUUUCUUGGAAAGUCUACCAUCAGUUUGAUUUAAAGACUAAUAAUGUGUCUACUCAUACACUUUAUCUAGUAGUAGGCACAGUGAGCAAAUAACAGAAGUUAAAUAUUUUUUAUAAAUUCAACCACUUGUGUUGUGUAAUGUGCUGUGGAAAUUCCAUAUGAAACAGAAUGAUCUGGAGGCAUUUAAAUUCUUGACAAUUACUGCUUUAAGUGGCCAGAUCUUUUCAAAGCAAGCAAUCACCUGUCAGCUUCUAUUGACUUCAGCAAAGCCUUAGUAUCUCCAGAAUAAUUGUGCCACAGACUUUUGGUGCCUCGUGAUAGGAAAAUGCCACAUCUUUAACAAAAUGAUAGUGAUGGAAAGAUGACUUGUUACUUUAGAAACAACAUUUGCAUCAUUGCCGUGUGUAAGUUGUUGGUUUAGGCUAUUUGUUGACUAAACAAUUUUCAAGAUUUUCCUGGAAGACUAUUACAUUAUGAACACUGUUCUUUAACACUCUGAAUUUAAAUUAAUUUUGAAUAAUUCAAGACAGCUUUAUUGCAAUAAAAUGUUCUGAACAACUUUCUAAUACAAAUGUAAAAUUGAAAUUAUUUCAAUAAGUCUUUUCUCUCUGCCCAGAUAUUUUUCUCUAUAAACUAGUAACAUG